UAGGUGAUGUCUGAUGAGCUAGCUGACGUGACUGUUGCAUUCAAGAACAUUAUAGGUCCUACUAUAGAAUGUGACGAUUUGAAGAGAGCGUGAUACAGUCAUGGCCUCGACGUGCAGUAUUUGUGCAAAUAAAAUUCUGGCUACAAAAGAUAGGUUCACAUUGUCUUCGAACCUGAUCGGAUACACAGUCACAGACGUAUCUAGAUCUAGUGGUAAAGUCACUGGUAGGAGAUCUCUGGCAGAGGUCCUCAAGAAUCAUUGGGGUGUGCGCGUGCCUCUUUCAAACUCUAACUCUAACUCUAAGGAAGACGAACAUUCGUAUUCGUUAGACCUAGACGCACUUUAUUUUUGUAGGGCAUGUCGUUCAACUUUGUCAUCUGCAACAACUAAACGGCAUGAAUUCAACGUUGCCUUAUCCCAACUGUACGACGAAUCAGCCCCAACUGCUUCCAUAGGUCGCGAGUUAAGAGAGCUCAUAACAACUAUGACGGGAGCAUUAUCCAUUUCGACACCCUCAUCCACAAGCUCCGGCGCUCGUAGUCGUACCCCAUGUGGCCAAAAGCGAUCUACAAGUACAACUUCCCAAAGAAGCCCUCUGAAGAAGCCUAGGUUUUCAAGAUCAACAGGAUCAAGUAGACCUAACCAAAAAAAAAAGGACCCGCGUCAUACUGUGGGAGGUUGUCAAUGUCAGGAGAACGAAAGCCCAUCCAGCCAACAACAAGUGACUAAACUCGCGGCUAUAAAGUAUGUGAGGAUGGGCAAAUAUGGGUUGGCAAUGAAACUUCUUAAAAGAAAGAGCACAGCUUUCACAAGAACGGUACAAAAGAUUGUUGAAAAUGCAACUCGAGCUGAGAUCCGGAAUAUUUGCAAAGAGUCAACGGGGUCUGUGUGGAGGAGCUCUACUGAAGGAAAAAAACUCCAAAGCUUUCAGUCAUUCUCUUGGAAAAAAGCACUUUCAGAAGCAAGGCAACAGUGUCCUUUCCUGCAUGCAGCCAUAAUGGGAGCUGCAACGGCUAACAGAAAAAGCGACCGUCUAUCUCGGGGAAGCAGUGGAAUUGCUCGUCAUGUGAGACCUGCAGUAGGAGCAAUCUUCGGGAUGUUGGCGUUUAUGGGAAACCCUAAAACAAUGAGACUGUUGCAAGAGUUCAUUGGCAUUGAACUGUGGCUCUCCAACUGUGGACGUGAGACAUUCAGGAGGUUAAAUGGUCUCGGUAUGUCCACAUUCAUGGAUAGGACAGCAACCUGCAUCGACACUAUGAUCAAGGAAUCUGAUCGUGACAUCUUGGAAAAGAAAAAGGAACUAGAAGCAUGUGAGGCAAUACCAGCACAAGAAACAGAGCUGGCAAUAUCCAGCGGCUCAUCUGAUGCAGCUGAAACAAACCAAGUGGAAAGUUCCAUUUCCAGCAACAAAGCAGAUGGGAAAAAGUCAAAGGGGAAAAAGUCAAAAUCUACACCUGAAAAUCCCGAAGAGACUACUUCAACGGGCAGAACUGACAAGUCUCCGGACAAUCUGGAUGAAACAAUGGAUGAUUCGCUCCCGGAUGGAACAGAGCCCGCAAAAAUUGGUUACACCAUAGUAUUUGACAAUGCCAGCCAGAUGAUGCACGACAGGUACAAUAGGGGACACAAGAAUAACAAGGAACUCAACAUGGUGAAGGCAUAUGCAGCGUUUGAUCGUGUGCCCUCCUACCUUCUGAGUGACACUCCUCCCACCGCCAACGACAUCCUGCAGAUAGAUCCCCUGCUGUACUUACCAAAUGACAGUGACGAGGCCCUCCUUAGGGAAGAGUACACUGUCAUAGUCUCAAGGAUUCUAACACAACUGAUGCCUUGCUUUCAACGAUUCGCUGAGCACGUCAAAAACCACAUACCACAUCCAUACUUCAAAGAAUCCAAGCAGAAGAGUAAAAUAGUACCGUUAGGUGUCUUGAUGAAAGAUGAAGCAAAAAUUUACGAUAUGGUCGACAUUCUCCAGAGCUAUCACGACCUAGUACCCUACCAAGAUGGCGAGCCAGUCACCACAGUGCUAUAUGGAGAUGGAGUUAGAUGCGAACGUGCACGUGAUGCGCUAAAUUCCAGAAGAAACGCGACAAACUCGUUCGACCGCCUGGAGGGUCUUCAUCCCACAAUCCAAGAAAGGCACAAACGUGGCCUUCUCUUAGAGGAUACCUACAAAUUGCUGUAUGAUGUGCGCAGCUCAAUGGACGUUGGGACACUCAGCUUCAUCAAGGAAAAGUAUGGCCGGAGUUUUAAACCAGACAAAGUGAUACACGCCUUCGACUCCGGCACAGAGUUAUUGCAACUUUCAACGGAAGCGUAUGUGGUUGCAGCCGCCUGUUUGCAUGUUGAGAUCGAUGAUCCAAGCAAGAUGCCAAAAGAUCUUCCAGAAGGAGAUGAAGGAUUGCUGUAUUUUCAAGAUGUUGUUGAGUUAGUGGUGGAGAUUGCAUUCGAGUAUUUAGACAAACCAGAGGUUGCAGUCCAGCAUGUGGAAGAACCUGAAAGCGAGAUCCAUGUGUAUCCAUACUGCAUCUGUCACACCGAUAUUGAGGAUGAUAUGUUGUUUUGUGAGAACCCUUCAUGUCGUCGUGGAUCUUGGUUUCACCUUUCCUGCAUGAAUAUGACACUAGAAGAUGUACCUGAGGAUAAGUACUACUGUUCCAUAGAGUGUUCUCAAGCAUCACAGAAGAAAAAAGAGUAGUCGUCUUCCACGCUACCGAUGACCAUGUCUUCCAGUAUUCUCGAGCAAUGCUCUUUCGGGGGCUGGGAGAAAGGGCGCGAUACGAUGCCAUCAGAGAAAAUGAUGGUGAUCGUAUCAUUUCUCAUUGGCGAUCUGACAUGAUAGACUUCUACAACAUGCAGCACCCGAAAUAUUUCAUUGAAGGUUUUCACCUACUAACCGACAUGAAUGGUGGUGUACCAGAGCGUGUGGCGCAUCAAAUGAAAUGGAACAGAACGGUGAACGUGCGUGGUGGAAGAGGUCACAACAUAUCCAUGGACUUGGCAAUGAAUCAUCUCAAAGAAGAAUUCAAACUUGCUGUCAAGUCAUGCAGUGGAAACAUCACUCCAAGUACAAUGAACCGUUAUAGCAGAGUGGUGGGUAUGCGUCAGGACUUUCAGAGUAAGUUUGAAGUGCACUUGCCCCAAAACAAACGCGAAAAUGAUAGUAGAAAGGCUCAAAACAUGCAGGAAGACACGUUGGAGCUGGCGAAACUGCUUUUGGAGCAUAACUGUUUGGAGCAACUCCCUGGAAGGAGUCACACUGGCUUUAGUGAUUUCGUAUUCAAACAUGCUCUAACACAGCAGGAUAUAUUCAUUGAGUGCAUAGAAAAUCACCAGCUACAACGGGCCCAAGGAAUGGACAAAGCUCAUGCAAAUGUGUCAGUUGAAGAAGAAGCAUCUCAAGAAACCCUAUAUGAAGCAUUCCUCCUACCAUCCUCUCCCCUUUAGGUUCUCAUUGAAUUACCUUAACGUUCUGUUGAUACGAGACGAUUUGUUACUUCAAUAUUUCCACCUCUACAUGUACAACCUUCUGCACAGAAAGUGCAACAAAGGCAUUUCCUGCACUAUCACAUGGUACACUUCUCAUUACGUUGUGGACAAUUCCUUAUGUCUUUCCUCCAUUCCUGGGAGCUUGAAAUUCUUCAGAAUGGUGCUUCUGAUUCUUCUCUCUGCGAGGGUCCUUUUUACUAUCUCGCCGGUACAUUCAUUAAUAGAUCUAGGAUAUGCGUACAUCAGUGAGUAUUUAAACCUUGAUGGCCAUCGUGAGCCCAUCUGCCCACUUCUUGCUAGUAAACAAGCAUUUAUUCCACUCCCCAGUUCACGAUGACAUCAACAUCGUGUACUUAAAUUCCUAGGCCAAAGCCCACUGUUGCCACCACUACUCUGAUGGUACCUUCAGGAAUUGCGUUCAGAUUCUUUUAAAAUCCCCUUCUUUCUAUGCUCAUUACUCAGCCAGUAUACAUUUUCUUCCAAAAUUGUUUGGCACAUGACAUUUAUUUGUAAUCUUGAACAUUCAGUGCAAGUUUCUUUGAUUCUGUGAAGAAAAAAUUUUUUUUUUUUACCAGAACUUAAGUUUAUCUUUAAGUUAUGAUAAAACAUCAAUAAUUCUCGGUUUCGUUUUUCUGGGACGCACUGUAUAUUCACAUUGCCUCAUAUUUACGGUGUUCACUAUUACUUGUUUUUAUUUACGUCCAGAAGUCUUGGUGUUGUUGAUUAGCCAGCCUAAGGAUUUUGAGGGAUCUUGGGAAGUCUGUUGAUUGUGGAGAUAUAUGUUGGGACUGCCAAAGGAAAUGAGAACAUUAUCUAUUUCUUGUAGCAUUCCAUGUUUAUACAGGUAUUAAAAUGUAAUACGGGUAAUUGAUCUUGUAAAGAGUAUUUUUGUCUCGGAUGUUGACCAGACGUGUCCAGUUACUUUGACUUGGAAGGAAAAAGUAAAACUUAUUUGAUAGCAUGCAGGAUUAAAAGAAUAAAUGCAUAUCAUUAACUUAUGCAACAUAGAUAUAAGAAAAAUCAUUUUUGUUUUCUUCUCAUGAUUCAGAGGAAUUUAUUAUCAUCCAAAUCUUCUUCAAAAUAACAAAGCAUAAUAAAUUAUUUAAUUUCAAAGUGACACUGAUGUCUAAUAACAAAAUUAAUGAACUUAACAUAGUUUUACAAUGACAUCACUUCUAAUAACUGAAUAGAAAGUUGAUCUCUUGUGUUUCCAGCGAGUCCCUUUUGCAUCGUGUUUAUUUCUAUUCACUCUCUUUUGAAUAGGUGUUUUUAAUAACUUGGCUCUUUUAACUACAUCUGUUUCAAUCAACCAUAAUUUUUUUAUAAAUGCACCAGAAUGCAAAGACAAUCAUAUAAUUAUGAUGGAACAGAAUAGUAUGAAGGUAAUUGAGAAUAUUGAAUUUUCUUCUGAAAUGAAAUGCAGUGACGUUCAGAUGUUAAAAUUUGUAUAUUAUUUAGAGAAAAUAACGAAGUUCAUCAAAA